CCGCAGCUGGCCAGAGGCUGCAGGCUCCCAUGCCCUCUGCCAGAUUCAGCUUCCUGCCCACACAGCUGGGGCAGGGUUGCACAGCUGGAGCCCGGGAGCCCACAGCCCACACGGCCAUGGGAGCUGGGGGCCUGUGGCUCGUGUGUGCUCUGAAGCUGGACAGGCUAUAAUAACUUGAUCCAGGAAAGCAGUGAAUUUUAGCUGGUUUAUGCUAUUUGUCUGCCAUCUAUCAAUAUUGUCAGAACUAGCAGAACAUUUCUUUAUAGAGUUUCUCGCCGGCAGCUUGAAAGCUGUUUUUUUUUUCGUAAGGGAUUUUAAUGGUUUAGUUGCAAGGAUUCAUAGUUAGACACACAAAGGGUUUACAUGUAGUGAACCUUACAUAUGUUUGUGAGCUGUGUUACAGGACAUAAAAUGGGCACAGCUGAAAAUAUGGUUCCAGGUCUCCAAUAGCACAAAAUAAUAAAAAAUUAGAGUCCAAAGUUAAACACUUGACAGUUAUGAAUUUUAGACCUAAGUUCGUGAUGCAGAUCUCAUAACUAAAGGCUUUAAUAUGCAAAUAUGCCAGGAGGCAGUUAUGGUUGAGCACCCAACCUGAGCUUUAAAAUUUCUCAUGUUUACAAGGUGAACUUGUUCAUUCUGAACAUUAUUAGUUUAUUAACCCAAAAUAAAGUUUUUUAGAGAGAGAGAUGCUUCAGGAUCUUUUCUGCUAUAUUUCCAAAACACUAAAGGAGAGUUUUUCAGGUUAAUGAAUAAUUAUGCAACAGUCAUUUGUGGAAAAUCUAUCAGUUCAACAGGUGAAUUCUUGAGAGAGUUUGAGAGAUAAUAAGGAAUGAUCGGAGCAGUUGAAACCAUACCUACAGUGGUAUUUACUCAGUUUUCAGACAUGUGCCGUGAUACACCCCAGCUAUAUAUUUUUGGCUUAUGUUUUGCAAUUAUUUCCAAUGUUUAAUAUCUGCAUGUUCAUGAUAGCAGAGGAAUUUGAUCCAUACUACAGCUUGUUUGGAAUCCAGGACUUUUGUUAUAGUGUAAAACACUGACAAAAGUUGUUUUCAAUCCAUGCAAAUUCUGGCACAGCAGAAGUUCUUAGCAGAGCCCUACAUUGUUUUUUUUGCAGUUCAGACAAAAAAGAAAACCUUAUUUGAACCAAAUACUGUAAUGCUAAAAAGAGAGAGAUCUAAGCACAUAAUGUAAUUCAGAGCGGAAAACAAAUAAACACGAAUUGUACUUUUGAUGUUCAUUCUGUUUUUCCCUCUGGUCAUUUUCCUGCAACCUCAUUUAAUUUCUCAUCUUUUCCAGUAUUCUUCUCCAUUUUUUUCCUAUUUUUGGAUUCUGCUUUUGAAACUUAUUUUUGUUUCCCCUCUUUCUCUUAAUGUUUUAAAUAUUUUGUGGGUUUUCUUGUUCUAUAUUAUUCUUUAUUUUAAUCCUUUUACACAUUACUCAACAUCUUCUCAUGUUUUUAUUUUUAUAGAAGGGGCAUAUUUGUAUCUUAAAGGGUUUCUUUUCAAUCCCUUUUAAAGGAAACGUUGGCUCAGAGCCAGCAUUAGUUCCAAACAGAGCUGAGGUAGUGUGCUAUUUGUGUCUUGCUGCCAGGCUAGUGCUGCAGUGGAUAUGCUGCAUCCUGCAACACCCAACAUCUAUCACUCCUGCAGACUGCCAACUGGAAUCCUAGAUUUAAGCUUGACAGCAUCCAGGCCAAUGAAUUUUCAGAGCAUGCCUCCUUAGGCUGCCCUGUUUUCUGAUUGUGCUUACCACCUUGUUUGCUGUCUCUUUUGCUUAUGGUUUGGUAAAAUGGGAAAAGAAUUGUGACAGCAUGAGCUCUGUCUCCGAAGAUCUGGGCUGUAGACGUGGAGAGUUCAGCAGAAAGCAUUAUGGAUCUGUGGAACUUCUUAUAUCUAGUGAUGCUGAUGGCGCCAUUCAAAGAGCUGGACGAUUCCGGGUAGAAAAUGGCUCUUCUGACGAGAAUACAGAUUAUACCCCAGGUACAUGGUGCAGAACAGAUGUGCACUUGGAAAAUCCAGAGUAUCACACCAGAUGGUAUUUCAAAUAUUUCCUAGGAAAAGUUCAUCAGAAUUAUGUAGGUACAGAUGCAGAGAAGAACCCUUUCUUUUUGUCUGUUGUACUCUCUGACCAAAACAAUCAACGUGUCCCUCAAUACCGCUCAAUUCUCUGGAAAAAAACAGGUACUCAGAAAAUAUGUCUACCCUACAGUCCCACAAAAACAUUAUCAGUGAAAUCUAUUUUAAGUGCCAUGAGCCUUGACAAAUUUGAAAAAAGCCCUAGAGAAAUUCUUCACCCUGAGAUACAAAAGGAUCUACUGGUUCUAGAAGAGCAAGAGGGCUCUGUAAAUUUUAAGUUUGGAGUUCUUUAUGCAAAAGAUGGGCAGCUUACGGAUGAUGAAAUGUUCAGCAAUGAAACUGGAAGUGAAAGUUUUCAAAGAUUUUUAAGUCUCAUGGGUGACACAAUUACACUGAAAGGCUGGACAGGCUACAGAGGAGGGUUGGACACCAAAAAUGAUACAACAGGAAUAUGCUCUGUCUACACAGUGUACCAAGGGCAUGAGAUUAUGUUUCAUGUUUCAACAAUGCUACCAUAUUCAAAGGAGAACAAGCAGCAAGUAGAAAGGAAGCGGCAUAUUGGAAAUGACAUUGUCACUAUUGUGUUCCAGGAAGGGGAUGAAUCUUCUUCAGCAUUUAAACCAUCCAUGAUUCGCUCUCACUUUACACAUAUUUUUGCCUUAGUGAGAUAUAAUAAGCAAAAUGAUAGUUACAGGCUGAAAAUAUUUUCAGAAGAAAGUGUACCUCUGUUUGGGCCACCUCUUCCAUCCCCACCUGUGUUUACAGAUCACCAGGAAUUCAGGGACUUCGUGCUAGUAAAAUUAAUAAAUGGGGAAAAAGCCACCUUGGAAACUCCAACAUUUGCUCAGAAACGGCAACGCACGCUGGACAUGCUGAUUCGCUCUUUAUACCAGGACCUCAUGCCUGACCUACACAAGAACAUGCUUAAUCGGAGGUCCUUCAGUGACGUAUUACCAGAGUCCCCAAAAUCAGCACGGAAGAAGGAGGAGGCCCGUCAAGCGGAAUUUGUCCGACUCGGUCAGGCACUGAAACUGAAAAGCAUUGUAAAAGGGGAUGCACCAACUAGUUUGGCUGCCACAGGCCUGUGUAAAAAGGAGCCUUGGGAGUCCCAGUGUUUCUGCAAUAAUUUUCCUUAUGAAGUUGUUUGUGCGGAUUCUUGGGGCCAGUCCUUGCUAGUUUCUACAGAUGUUGGCGUUCUGCUUAUAGACGAUGGCCAGCCUUCAAUACAAGUAUUUGAUAAAACUCUCCAAGUAAAGCAGAUGCAUGUGCUGGAAGCUUUGGAUCUUCUGAUUACCAGAGCAGACAGAGGGAAGGAUUCUCGACUUCUUGUCUUCAGGCUGAGUGCUGUACAGAAAAGCAUUGAGACAAAGCAGAUGGCAAAGAACAAGUACGACUGCAGAGAGAAUAAACUGGAGAAAACCAAAGGCUGUCAUUUGUAUGCCAUUAACACUCAUCACAGCAGCGAGCUGAGGAUUGUUGUGGCUAUUCGGAACAAACUGCUCCUCAUCACAAAGAAAUACAAUCGUUACAACAGUUUAACCAACACCUCUUUGAUGUCACCUCCAUCUGAAUCACCAGUAGAGGAAUUCCAAUAUAUCAGGGAGAUUUGUCUCUCUGACACUCCCAUGAUUAUGACUCUUGUGGACGGACCGACUGGAGACAAUGAUAAUAUGAUCUGUGUAGCAUAUCGGCAUCAGUUUGAUUUAAUUAAUGAAAGUACAGGAGAAUCCUACAGGUUGCAUCAUGUUGAAGCAAGCAGGGUUAAUUUUGUUGCAGUUAUUGAUGUAUAUGAAGAUGGAGAAGCUGGUUUACUGUUGUGCUAUAAUUAUGUCUGCUGCUAUCGAAAGUUAUGCCCCUUUAAUGGGGGUUCACCUUUGGUCCAGCCAUCAGCAUCUGACUUCCAUUUUAGCUGGAACCAGGUUCCUUACUCUGUGGUUUGUGCUUUUCCGUACAUCCUGGCCUUCACUACUGAUUCCAUCGAGAUCCGGUUAGUGGUGAAUGGGAACCUAGUUCACACAGCUGUAGUGCCUGAGCUUCAACUUGUAGCAUCAAGGUUGGACAUUUAUUUUAAAGCUACUGCGGUGGCAGUUGGAUCAUCUAAUAGCAGUUCCAAGGAGACCAGUUCAAAGAGCUCUCCUCAGACACCGAUAGCUCAUGAAACACCAGAAUUCCCUCUGUCUUCAACAGAAGGUGAAGUUCGGUAUAAAAACUUGUACAAAAUUCCUCUCAGUAACCUGGUUGGUAGGAGCAUUGAACGUCCUCUGAAGUCGCCUUUAGUCCCUAAGGUCAUCGCUACCCCAACGCCAAGUGGAAUCACCUCUGUCCCUGUUACUCACUCAUUAUCCUUAUCUCGUAUGGAAAUUAAAGAAAUAGCAAUCAGGACACGCAAAGAACUACUGGGCCUCUUGGAUGAGCCAGUUCCUAAGUCAGAAGGAGUGCAGAAGCAAAAGAAACUUCCUCGAAAACAGUCAGACCGUAAGCAUGGAGCAAUAAGGUCAACUAGCAGUGACAGGAUAAUUUCAAGCUCCUUUGAAAGAAAUUCUGAAGGCCGCCACCUUUCCACCAGUUCAGAUCCUGAUACUGCAGUAAGCAGGGAAGACAGUCCAUCAUCUAGCUACCUGUUUCAGCUUACUGCUUCAUUUGAUGAAGACAUCAUUGACUUGAAGUGAAGACAAUCUAAAGAUCCCUGUUCUUUCCUUUCCUUUUCUUAUAAUUCUGUAGGCCAUGUAGGAAUGUCACAGCACUGUUUCCAGUGGUAAAAUGUGACUGGAAAUGGAAUGUAUUGGUGAUUACUCUUCAUAGAACUCAACUUGUUCUUGUGAACUGGGCCUGAAUUGGUGAUGCUUAUGUUUUUGUCUCUCUCAGUUAAAGAACCAGUGGUUCUGGUUGUAAUAAGAUGGUAGAUAACAACAAGAGGUUUAGGCUGAAACUUUUAAGUAAAUAAAAGUAUUCAUUCUAACUUACUCUAAAGUUAGUACCUUUCAAGCACCUGGCUGAAAGUAACAUGCAACUAAGUGACUUGCAACCAUCUGGAUUCUGAAUUGUUCUACAGUACAGCCUCAGUGUCACCUAGUAAGAUACUUUUUUAUAAGGAAACCCACCUCUAUGCUUUUUAUCUGUAAAAAAUGUCAACCUUGUAACUAGAUUCUUUUCAGUCAGGAUCCACUAUCCCUGAUGUGAUGCUGUUCUGUUAUGUUUACUGAAGAACGAAGGAUGUCAGGUAAGAUAAGAGUAUACUGCUUCCCUCACGCUGAUCUUUCUCCGCACAAAUUUCUUAGAGGAACCUGAAACCAGUCUUGAGUGCAAAUAUCCUGAAAUGCAGAUUUUUUUAAAACCAUGUACCUUCAAAUUAUACUUUUAAAAUGAAUAAUCUGUGACAGAGCAAGAAGCGAUAUGCAUCAGGUUUACCCAUCAGCCAGAAUAUUAUGCCUUUGGUGUUCCUACAGACUUUUAUAAUAAACAAUGUGUAGGAGCAAGAUCUGAUUUCUCCUUCCACGGUCCAUAAUAUUUGGGUUCAAAGGUAAAUCUCUUGUUAAUAGGCAGAUAUCAGUAGUAGAUGUUGUGUACGUGUGCAUCAAAUAUAUGAAA